AUGAGGUUGUUAAAACAAGAAAUUGAUACAUUGGCUACUUUAAGCAUUACUGCAUUAUAUAGAGUUAUUGCAGCAAAAAAGUGUAAAUUAUUAAAAGCACAAAAUUUAGUUAUCAAAAUAUAUUUUCAAAAUCAG